UUCUGCUUCCUUCACAAUCCUUCCACUGUCUAAAACAAACCUCAAACAAAGAAGCCUAUUGUUUGUUGGUUAAUUAAUUAAAAACACAUUACAGUAUGCAUGUUAUAAUUCGUUAGAGGUUAGUCACGAAGUAAGCUACAACUAUAAAACUGUGAGGAGUGUGCACGGCGUCUCUCCAGACGAGAUUGCUGUACCGACGAGAUGACUGCUGCCCACGUGACUCUCUGUCUGGUGUCUCUUGUACUCCUAUCUGCCGCUCUUCACGUAGCAGCACAAACUAACACAUCUACUACAUCUACUACUGCCUCUACUACUGAACCUACGACUACCAGUUCUGCACCUACGACUCCCACUUUCGCACCUACGACUACCAGUUCUGCACCUAUGACUACCGCUACAAGUACAGGAGAGAAUCAACCUAUUGUCUGCGGACGGAAAAAUAACAAGCAUGAAGCAUUAUGCCGCAAAAUGUGUUCUUCUGAUGGCUGGAAACACGGCAAAUGUGUGAACAGAAAAUGUACCUGCAGCGAACAAAAACUAUAGCUUACAUCUCACCCAUUGCGAUCUCUUUUUUGUACUCGUAUUAUCAUUUUCUAACAGUUUAAAUCUUUAUUUUAUUUUAUUCUAAUGUAAGCACUGGUUUAUAUCAAUACAUGUUUAGA